GGUAAUCUGUGUCAGCAUUGGUUAUAGUUUGUUAGUUAGUAAUACGCUUUCCGUUCAGGAUGUUUCCCUUUUACCUAAAACAAAUAUGCGACUUCUUGAACCUAAACUAGUUUCAAAUUUAUUUGGAAAUGAAAAUUGGAAAUAUCGUUAAUUUUGAUUUGAGAUCUGUGAUCUAAAAGUGCGGCGACAUGGUGUUCACUUGCUCAUGGUUGGCUUGGCUGAGCGCCUUCAGAGUGGGUUCGUCCAUCUCACGGAUGAGGGACAAAGAGGCGGACAGCAGAUUGCCAUUCAGCUGAAGACGUCUCUGCUGCGCUGCACCGCCUCCAUUGCUGGGAUAAAAGCAGUUGGCCACCAAAUCCAAAUCCUCGCGUGGACUUUCGCUUCUGGAUGGCCUGGCCAUGGCAUCGGUGGCAUCCUGGCGGACUUGAUGAACAUGAGGUCAUGUUGAACAUGAGCUCUUGUUGAAAACGAGGUCUUAUUGAACAAGGCCUGUUCCGCUCCCGCUCCGCCUGCCGCUCCUCCUCACGCUCCCUUUCCCGAUCCCGCUCCAGACGCUCGCGACAGGGGUUCAUCUUGGCGCCACUAGUCGAGAGCGCAGACUCCGCCACCGGAGCACUGAUGGCACUUUUCUGCUCCGGAUAGGACUCGUGGCGAAGGGCGGCCUGCACCUCCAGCUUGGUGACUACCACGUUGUCCAGUAUUUUCAGCUGCGGCAGCUUCCGAAGCACACAGGCCCUAUAGUUGCUACCAGCUGCCACGGAGCAUGGAUUGUCCUCCAACCAAAGCGAGGUCAAGGAACGGGCAUUGGCCAGGUAAUUUAGCUGCUCGAAACUGGGGAUCUUGUUCCUGCGGAUAUAGAUGACAAUUCUGCAGGCUGUUCAGCGUAUUGAUCUUGUUCACGCUGAGAGACAGUACCUCCAAAUGAGGCAUCUCCAGGCAUCUUCAAAAUCGCCGCCCCAAGCAUUCACGAUUCAAGAUUCACGACAUGGCUGUAGUCCGAGCACUUGGAUUUGCCCUCCACCAGCUGCUCCUUGACUUUAUCUACUGCUGCUCCCUGGUGAGUCUGCAUCUGUCCCGUUUGGCCGAGGAUCUGAUCAUCUAUAGCACCAAGGAGUUCGAUUUCAUCCGACUGGCUGAUGGAUUUUCCAGCGGCAGCAGCCUGAUGCCCCAGAAACGGAAUCCGGACAGCUUGGAGCUGAUUCGCGGCAUGGCCGGAGUGAUCACCGCCAAUCUGACGGGCAUCAUGAUGACCAUCAAGGGCACCCCGUCCACCUACAACAAGGACCUGCAGUUCGACAAGGAGUACUGCUUCCAGUCCUUCGACAAGCUGUCCCAGGUGCUGGAGGUGACCGAAGGCGUCCUGCUGACAAUGCAGGUGAAACAGGAGUCCAUGGAGGCUGCCCUUAGCACGGACAUGUUGGCCACUGACUGGGCCUACUACCUAGUGAAGAAGGGGAUUCCCUUCCGCCAGGCGCACCACAUUAUCGGUCGCGUGGUUUCGGAGGCCGAAAGUCGAGGCGUGGACAUCACCGAUUUGCCGCUGGGCGAUCUGCAGGCCUUCAGUCCGGUCUUUGGAUCGGACAUCGUCGGUGUGGCGGACUACUCCAACAAUGUGCAGCAGUACAAUGCGAUCGGUGGAACCGCCAGUAGCAGCAUUGUGGAGCAGUUGCGGUUACUCAAGAAUUACGUCAAGAACUUGCGCAAACAGUCCUAGGAACUGCCAUUUUAUUUGUGUUGUACUUUGGUUAUCAAAUUAAAAAUUUUAUGUAAACACUUAGUAACAAAUUA